AUGUUUCUUGCUACCUUAUACUUCGUUUUACCCUUAAUGGAUGUACUUUUGUCCGCAGAAGUGAGCGGGCUGCCUGGCGGGGACCGUCUGGACUGCGUGCGAGCCAGCGAUCAGUGUCUCAAGGAGCAGAGCUGUAGUACUAAAUACAGGACACUGAGGCAGUGUGUAGCCGGCAAAGAGAGCAACUUCAGCCGGGCGACAGGCCUGGAGGCGAAAGACGAGUGCAAAAGCGCCAUGGAGGCGCUCAAGCAGAAAUCUCUUUACAACUGCCGCUGCAAGAGGGGCAUGAAGAAGGAGAAAAACUGCCUGCGCAUUUACUGGAGCAUGUACCAAAGCUUACAGGGAAAUGACUUGCUUGAAGAUUCCCCCUAUGAACCAGUUAACAGCAGAUUAUCAGACAUAUUUAGGCUAGCACCAAUCGUAUCAGUGGAGCCAGCACUUUCAAAGGGGAACAAUUGUUUGGAUGCAGCAAAAGCCUGUAACCUAAAUGAUACCUGCAAGAGGUUCAGAUCUGCUUAUAUAACCCCCUGCACCAGCAGUACAUCUAAUGAAAUCUGCAACAAGCGGAAGUGUCAUAAGGCUCUCCGGCUAUUUUUUGACAAAGUUCCCCCAAAGCACAGCUAUGGGAUGCUCUUCUGCUCCUGUCGAGACAUAGCCUGUACAGAAAGGAGACGGCAGACUAUUGUUCCUGUGUGUUCAUAUGAAGACAAGGAGAAACCAAACUGCUUGAAUUUACAAGAUUCCUGCAAGAAGAAUUACAUCUGCAGAUCUCGCCUUGCAGAUUUUUUCACAAACUGCCAGCCUGAGUCACGGUCUAUUAGUAGCUGUCUGAAGGAAAACUAUGCUGACUGCCUCCUUGCUUACUCGGGGCUUAUUGGCACAGUUAUGACACCAAACUACAUAGACUCCAACAGUCUCAGCGUUGCCCCAUGGUGUGACUGCAGCAACAGCGGUAACGACAUAGAAGAAUGCUUGAAAUUUCUGAAUUUCUUCCAGGACAAUACAUGCCUUAAAAAUGCAAUUCAGGCCUUCGGCAAUGGUACAGAUGUGACUGUGUGGCAGCCAAUCCUACCAGUACAAACCACCACAGCAACAACUACGACAGCUUCCAGAUUUAAAAACAUGGGCUCAGAGAGCACCAACAAUGAAAUACCCACCCACAAUGAUUUACCAGCAUGUGCAAAUCUGCAGGCACAGAAGCGGAAAUCCAAUGAAUCUGUAGACGCAGAACUCUGUCUUAAUGAGAAUGCUAUUGGGAAGGACAACACAAUCAGAGUCUCCACCAGUCACAUAUCGUCAGAGAAUUCAUCUGCUCUUCCUACAAGCUUCAGUCUAAGCACACUGCUGAUAUUGAUGACAAUUGCACUCUCAAUCUCUUUGUUCUUAAAUUCAUCAGAAACCUUGUAG